AUGGAUGACUGUAGUAGGCCUGGGUACAGGAACCAGCGCUCCCGGGAGACGUGGACUGUAACUAUAGCUCACCAGGGAACUGUAACUAUAGCUCACCAGGGAACUGUAACUAUAGCUCACCAGGGAACUGUAACUAUAGCUCACCAGCUAACUGUAACUAUAGCUCACCAGCUAACUGUAACUAUAGCUCACCAGCUAAUUGUAACUACACCUCACCAGCCAACUGUAACUACACCUUACCAGCUAACUGUAACUAUAGCUCACCAGCUAACUGUAACUAUAGCUCACCAACUAACUGUAACUAUAGCUCACCAGCUAACUGUAACUAUAGCUCACCAGCUAACUGUAACUACACCUCACCAGCUAACUGUAACUACACCUCACCAGCUAACUGUAACUACACCUCACCAGCUAACUGUAACUACAGCUCACCAGCUAACUGUAACUACACCUCACCAGCUAACUGUAACUACAGCUCACCAGCUAACUGUAACUACACCUCACCAGCUAACUGUAACUACACCUCACCAGCUAACUGUAACUACACCUCACCAGCUAACUGUAACUAUAGCUCACCAGCUAACUGUAACUACACCUCACCAGCUAACUGUAACUACACCUCACCAGCUAACUGUAACUACAGCUCACCAGCUAACUGUAACUACAGCUCACCAGCUAACUGUAACUACACCUCACCAGCUAACUGUAACUACACCUCACCAGCUAACUGUAACUACACCUCACCAGCUAACUGUAACUAUAGCUCACCAGCCAACUGUAACUACACCUCACCAGCUAACUGUAACUACAGCUCACCAGCCAACUGUAACUACAGCUCACCAGCUAACUGUAACUACAGCUCACCAGCCAACUGUAACUACAGCUCACCAGCUAACUGUAACUACAGCUCACCAGCUAACUGUAACUAUAGCUCACCAGCUAACUGUAACUAUAGCUCACCAGCUAACUGUAACUACACCUCACCAGCUAACUGUAACUACACCUCACCAGCUAACUGUAACUACACCUCACCAGCUAACUGUAACUAUAGCUCACCAGCUAACUGUAACUACACCUCACCAGAUAACUGUAACUACACCUCACCAGCUAACUGUAACUAUAGCUCACCAGCUAACUGUAACUACACCUCACCAGCUAACUGUAACUACACCUCACCAGCUAACUGUAACUACAGCUCACCAGCUAACUGUAACUACACCUCACCAGCUAACUAUAACUACAGCUAACUGUAACUACACCUCACCAGAUAACUGUAACUACACCUCACCAGCUAACUGUAACUACAGCUCACCAGCUAACUGUAACUACACCUCACCAGCUAACUAUAACUACAGCUAA